UCCGCUUGGGCACACGAAAAGGCAUUUCACGAUAUCUGGAAUCAUUUCGAUUUCCUUCAGACUUUGAAGGAGAAAUCAAGUGCAGAGCCGGUCUGUGCGAAGAAGAGAUGCAUCGUCUCGUUCUAGGCAACCCUUUCGCGGCGCUUGUCGCACCGAUCCUUCUCUAUGUGCUCGCGCACAAGCUUCUCAAUAAGAGGAGAGCGAGUCCGCCAACUGGUUCGCAGCCAACUGGUGCUUCAACUGGCGAGCUGCCAACUGAUGCUUGUGCUUCAACUGGUGAGCCGUCAACUGGUGCGCCAAGUUCUUCUGUCCCGCCUUUCGGAGUCUACGAGGUGUUCUUGAGCUUUAGAGGUGUGGACACUCGAAAAGGCUUCGCAGAUCUCCUCUACACAAGCCUCGUCGAUGCCGGAAUCCACGUCUUCAGGGACGACGACGAGCUCCGCCAAGGCGACAGUAUCAGCCCAGAUCUUCUGGAAGCCAUUAAGAGCAGUUCGAUUUUGAUCCCGAUCAUCUCUGAGAAUUAUGCUUCCAGCAAAUGGUGCCUUCAGGAACUGGUUCACAUGAUGGAGUGCAUGAAAAGCUCGGGGCACAUGGUCUGGCCUGUAUUCUACAGAGUGGAACCCGCGGAUCUGCGACGAGGAAGAGGUAGCUUUGGAGAGGCAUUUCGUUAUUACUGCAAGCGUUUCGACCCGGCGAAUGUGAAAGUAUGGAGGCAAGCGCUCGCAGAAGUGGCUUCCUUGAAGGGAUGGGAAUCAGAGAGAGUUGCUAAUGGGCGAGAAGGAGAAUUGAUAGAAUCUAUUGUGCGAAAAGUUUUGAUCGAGUUGAACGAAGCGGUGGGGUUGGACGUUUCUGACAAUUUGGCCCGAUUUGAUAGUGACGUGGAGAAGGUUAUGGAAUUAAUCAAUAAGAGUUCUGGUGCUACCGUAUGUGUGGGAAUUCAUGGAAUGGGGGGCACCGGUAAGACGACUCUUGUCAAAGUCAUCUACAACAAGCUGUCCGGUCAAUUUGAACGUCAUAGCUUCAUUGCAGAUAUCAGCGAAUCAUGCCAACGCAAUGGUAUUGUGUACUUGCAAAAUCGAUUAAUCUCUGAUAUAUUGGGAAGGGAUACUCAAGUGUAUAAUAAAGAUGAAGGAAUCACAUUAAUCACAUCCGGGUUUAGAGCUAAGAAAGUGCUCAUUAUUCUUGAUGACGUGGAUACCCACGACCAAUUUAAGGCUUUGGCUGGAAAUACUGACUGGUUUGCUCCCGGAAGUAGGAUCCUUGUCACCACUAGAAAUGAGAGUGUUCUUGAGAUGGCUGGAGUCGUCGCCAAGCACAAGCUUAAGGAAAUGAAUGAUGAGCAGUCUUUGAUCCUAUUUUCUAGACAUGCAUUUCGAAGUAACUCUCCUCCCAAUGAGUUUUCAGCUCUUGCUCCCGUUGUGAUAUCUAUAAUAGGAGGGCUUCCAUUAGCUCUCGAAGUUGUCGGUUCAUAUUUAUGUGGACAACCACCAAAAAUAUGGAGAGAGACAAUAGAGAAGAUGCAAAAUAUGCCUCAUACGGAGGUGCGAGAUAAGUUGAUGAUAAGUUAUUAUGCAUUGGAGGAGGAUCAAAGACAAAUGUUCUUGGAUAUCGCUUGUUUUUUAAUUGGGAGUGAGACAAGAGUUGCAUCCUACAUGUGGGAUGCUUGUGGCUUUUUUGCAAGGCUAGGAAUUGAAGUACUGAGGUCUAUGUCGCUCAUAAUAAUUGGAGAUAAUUAUGAAUUCGGAAUGCAUAGUCAAUUGAGAGAUCUUGGUAGGGACAUUGUGCGCGCAGAAAGCUACCAUGAACCUCACAAACGUAGUAGAUUGUGGGUUUAUGAGGAAGCCAUGGAAGUGCUAGAGAGAGAAAAGGGAAGUGAAAUGAUUCAAGCCGUUUGUCUAGAGAAAGGCAACUCCACAGGAUUUGCUGAUGAGGACGACUGUGACUAUCAAGGGAGCCGAACAUUUACACCUGAGCAAUUUAAAAGAUCACCGAAAUUGAGGUUCCUUGGCAUGAGUGACGUGAGUCUUAGCGGAGAUUUUAAGGGUCUAUUUUCUGAGUUAAGAUGGCUCAAAUGGGGGAAUUGUCCCUCAGAUUUUAAAGCAACCAACUUACAAGCAGAGGAAUUAGUCAUACUUGACUUGUCAGGAAGCCCGAUUUCAGAUGACUGGCAGGGAUGGCGUUCAAUGAUGAUGGCAAAAGAGCUGAAAGUUCUCAACCUUACAGGUUGCCGUUCUUUGAAGAGUACUUUCUACCUCUCAGCUUUUAAAAGAUUGGAGAUUUUGAUCCUCAUAGAUUGUAGCGAAUUGGAGGGAAUUGAUCCUCGUAUUGGAGACAUGGAGAACCUCGUUUCCCUAGACUUGAGGGGAUGUUUGCGUCUUACGGAGCUACCGCCUCAGAUGGCUAAACUAGAACGAUUGGAGGAACUUCAUCUAGAUGAAACUGCCAUAAAGGAAAUUCCUUCCUUCAUCAGUUCUCUAAAGAAGCUAAAGACGCUUAGUGCCAAGUAUUGCAAAUUCUUGCUUGGACUUCCGGACUCGAUAGGCCAUUUGGGAUGCUGCGGGUUUCAUGGAUUGAGAGAGAUCUCCAACGCAAUUGGGAAGCUGGAAUUGUUGACUCGACUGGACUUAUCGUGGCCAAGGAUCACGGAAUUACCUGAAGGAAGUUCUGGAUAUAGGUAAUAGAAGCAUAGAAAAGCUACCAGGUGGUAUUGUAAGGGCUGCAAAAGCUCUGAGACUUAAAUGCAUGAUAGUGCUCAAAUUUGGGAGGGGAAUACCAAGCAUCCGUAAUCUUUCUUCUCUUAAGUCUAGUGCAUU